AUGGGAGUGUUUUCCAAUAAGAUCGAUCGAGAACAACUCAAGCCUGGUGAUCACAUUUACUCAUGGAGACAAGCAUACAUUUACGCUCAUCACGGAAUAUAUGUUGGAGAUGGAAUGGUGAACCACUUUACGAGGGGAGGAGGGCAAGAAAUUGGAACAGGAACCGUGUUGGACCGUUUCCUUUGCAGUUCAUCACCCUCCAAUGAUACCGACACUCCAUGCCCAAAAUGUGGUGACCAAAAUAAAACCGACGGUGUCAUCUCUUCCUGUUUGGAUUGUUUCCUCUCCGGUGAUAGUCUCUACCUUUUCGAGUACGGUGUCUCAACUGCAUACUUUCUGGCCAAAACUCGAGGCGGCACUUGCACCCUUGCAGUUGCUGAUCCAAAUGAAGACGUCCUUCGCCGCGCUUCUUUUCUUCUUGAAAACGGAUUUGGUGGUUACAAUGUUUUCAAUAACAACUGCGAAGACUUUGCAGUUUACUGCAAAACAGGCCUGCUUAUAUCCACAAGCAUCAGUGUUGGCCGGAGCGGACAAGCAGCGUCUUGCUUGGCUGCUGCUAGUACCGUGAUUUCUACACCACUCCGUUUUAUGACAACCAGUUUCAGUGGUUUGGCUGCUGUUGGAUACGGCAUGUACUGCGUGAGUCGGUUGGUUUCUGAUAUUGGUGUUCGUCGCGAUGUUUCCAAGGUUCCCGUCGAAAGGCUUGUAGCUUCACCAGACAUAGAUGAACCUGAGAAGAUGGAAAUGCUUAUAGCUUCACCUGAAAUUGAUGCAACCGAGAAGGCAGCGGAGGUUACCAAAGAAGAUUAG